GGUGUAGUGUUUAUUGACAGCGCUCGUGCGUUGCAUGAUGGUUAAGCGCGACCGUUCUAAACAGUUCUAAAGUCAUUUUAAUGCAUAGGAUUUGAUCUAUAUUUUUAUUUUUAAUUUUCCCCCCGAAUGUCUGUCCUACGAUCAAACGAACGAGGUUGGCUGUUGGAUGCAUGUUCUUUGAUAAACGAAGGAUUUGAGCAGUGCUACAGUGUAAACAAGGGACACUUCACGUGCUAUUUCAAUAAGCAGUGCUUUAAUGUACUGAAACCUUAUAUAGUGAAUAAGUCUGGUGGUGAUUGUAUGGUCGGUGCUCUAUCAAACACAGAGAGACAUGCGGCUGGGGAUACCAGAAUAGAGCUAAAGAAUCGGAAGAAAAGGAAGCGUAAAAGAAGUGAGCUGAAUCAGGGGGAGUUAGAUGCUGAAGCAUACCAUAAAAAGGUCAGGUCGUUGGUUCUGGAGGGCACACAGUCUCUACUGGAAGCUGGGCAUCACUGUGGAUAUCUGACAGAAGAUUUACUUACAGUGCCAACUAAACAAAUGCCUGUUCAUGAGUGCCAGCUGGCUUCACUAUGUGAUAUGGCCAAGCAGCUGCUUGAAAUGGAGAAUUCUGAUGCCCCACAUGUGCAGGCUGUUAAUGGCCAUGCAGACUGUGAUGCACACCUUGAUUUGUUCUCAUGCAUCACAGAAAAUCCAGACGACUUUGCCCGUGAGGUAACGCUGAUGGGGGAGACGUAUUUCCUGCCCCCUCACAGCCGUUUCCUCUUGUCUGAUGUCGCAUGUUUACAACCACUUAUCUGUAGUGGAGACAAAUAUGACCUAAUAGUUCUUGAUCCACCAUGGGAAAAUAAAUCGGUGAAAAGAAGUAGCAGGUACAGUUUUCUGCCAUCCUCUCAAUUGAAACGACUUCCUGUGCCGGUAUUGAGUGCAGCAGGAUGUGUGGUGGUUACUUGGGUAACCAACCGUCCCAGUCAUCUCCGGUUCGUCAGGGAGGAACUUUACCCUCACUGGGGAGUGAAGCUGCUUGCAGAGUGGCUCUGGGUGAAGGUGACUAGGAAAGGGGAGCUAGUUGUCCCCUUGGAUUCCCCACACAAGAAAUCUUACGAAGUGUUAUUACUUGGAAGGUUCUGUGCUAACAGUGACAACACAACUAGAUCUGAAGUGUGUGAGAUCCCAGAUCAACAGCUUAUAAUUAGCAUUCCUUCAGUGCUGCACUCUCAGAAGCCAUCUCUAUCAGCUGUGCUAAAGCCAUACAUUAGGCCUAAUGCUAAGUGUCUGGAAAUGUUUGCUCGAAGUCUUCAGCCUGGUUGGACAAGCUGGGGAAAUGAGGUCAUCAAAUUCCAGCAUCACAGCUAUUUUACCACAGAGAACGUGGAGUCUGCACAUGUUGCAUGUUCUGAAAUUAUAGUUGCAGAUCAACCAUUAAACACUAGAUAAAUGGACAAUUCUGCCUAUUUGCGAACCUAUAGAUAUUUUUAGAAAUAUGAACCAUAUAAUAUAGCUUUUUAUAUGCAGAUUUUUAUCAGCAUUUA